CCUUUUUAGUCUAAUGUGGUACAGAGGCCGAGGUCCUGCCUUCCUCUAACAGCAAACUCCUAGACCUUGCCCUGGUUUGCUAACAUGCACAAUUUCCCUCUCCCCUCCUUCAUUCAGCAUCCGCUACAAAGGCCAUGGACAAGCCAAGCUCGUCUGCAACUUCUCCUUCAGUGAACCUGGAUGUGACCUCCAACUUUGACAGAUUUUUUAAGAAUUUCAAGAGGGAAAGUAAAAUCAUCUCUGAGGACCAGAUUCAGUUGAUUGAAAACCACCUGAAAAAUAAAGAUACCCAGGAAGCACUUUCCGUAAUCAGUGAUGCAGUGAGAGAUAUUGAGAAUGCCCCACUGAACAUUGCUGUGACAGGGGAGUCUGGGGCAGGGAAGUCCACGUUCAUCAAUGCCCUGAGGGGACUGGGGCAUGAAGAAGAAGGUUCAGCUGCCACUGGGGCAGUGGAGACCACCAUGGAGAGAACACCAUACCAACACCCAAAGUUCCCCAGAGUGACAAUAUGGGACCUGCCCGGCAUUGGGUCCACCACCUUCAAACCAGAAAAUUACCUCACGGAAAUGAAGUUUCAAGAGUAUGAUUUCUUCAUCAUCAUCUCUGCUACGCGCUUCAAAGAAAAUGAUGCACAGCUGGCCAAAGCCAUUGCAAAGAUGAAUCUGAAUUUCUACUUUGUUCGAACCAAGGUGGAUAAUGAUAUAAGCAAUGAGCAAAGGAGUAAACCCAAGAGUUUCAAUAAGGAGAGUGUCCUGCAGAGAAUUCGGGAUGACAGUUUGAGACAUCUCUGUGAGGCUCUCUGCAGAAAUCCUCCAGUCUUCUUAGUCUCUAGCUUUGAUGUGGCUGAUUAUGACUUUCCCCAACUGCAGUCCACCCUCCUGAGUGAGCUCCCAGCCCACAAGCGCCACAUCUUCAUGUUGUCCCUGCAGAGUGUGACAGAGGACGCCAUUAACCUAAAGAGGGAUUCCCUGAAGCAGAAAGUCUAUCUAGAGGCCCUGAAGAGUGGGUUAAUAGCCACUCUUCCAUUAGGGGGCAUGUACAUAGAUGACAAUAUGGAAGAGACCUUGAAUCUCUACAGGUCUUACUUUGGUCUGGAUCAUGGCUCACUGAAAAAUAUUGCCAAGGACUUUAAUAUGUCUGUGAAUGACCUCGAGGCGUACAUCAAGUCUCCACAUCUGUUGAGAGAAGUCCAAGACAAGACCUUUCUUGAAAAACUAUGGGAAAAUGUUGAAUUUGUUUCUUCAAUCACUGGGGGGCCAAUUUCCAGUGGCCUUUACCUCGGGAAGACAUAUAUUUUGCAAAGUUACUUCCUUGAUACUGCAGCAAGUGAUGCCAAAGCUCUCCUGAAUAAAAAGGAGCUCUUUGCAAAGAAGUUGGGAUCAUUGAGAUCUAACACCAGGAAAUACUGGGAAACAAUAAUGGAAUAGGAAGAUACGAAUUCCACUGUGUGACCAGUCUUUGGAAUGGGUUUGAACACUGACCCAUAGGCUUCUCUGAAGAAGGAAACAUUAUCUGAGGAGGAUCAGAAGGUUAAUCAUUUUCCUGUUUCAGAGCGAGUAGAUCACUUCAGCAAGGGGUCAAUUCCCCCACUGUAGUGAAGGAGUCAUCAUCAACAGUAUGCAGAUGAGUGGGAAUAGUUCCUUUCCAUUAAAAUUAUAUGUGAAAUUUA